CGCCCUCUGGGGUUAUGGGCCCUGCCCCCAGAGGGGCUCUUCAGGGGCCCGGCCCCCACCCUUGCGGCGCGGCCCGUGACACCCCGGGCCGGAAGUUCCGGGCGCUCGCCCGCCGCCGCCUUCCAGAACAGGCCGGACGGCACGACGGCGCGUUGCUAUAGAAACCAAGCGUCCACUUCCCGCUUUGCCUCAGCCGGCGCGCAGAAACGGGCGGGGGGAGUGCCGUGCGCAUGCGCGAGCGCAGUCGCUCGCUCAGGGGCUCCCGGCGCAUGCGCGCGAACGGCCCGGCGCGGAGCUACGGCCGGAGCCGGGACGAUGUCUCGCUACGGGCGCUAUGGCGGCGAGACCAAGGUGUACGUGGGGAACCUGGGCACUGGGGCCGGGAAGGGAGAACUGGAGCGAGCCUUCAGCUACUAUGGCCCCCUGCGCACGGUGUGGAUCGCGCGGAACCCGCCGGGCUUCGCCUUCGUGGAGUUUGAAGAUCCAAGAGAUGCUGAAGAUGCAGUUCGAGGUUUGGAUGGAAAGGUGAUUUGUGGCUCCAGAGUGAGAGUUGAGCUGUCAACAGGCAUGCCCCGUCGCUCCCGCUACGAUAGACCUCCCGCGCGGCGACCAUUUGAUCCUAAUGACCGAUGUUAUGAAUGUGGCGAGAAAGGCCAUUAUGCUUAUGACUGUCAUCGCUAUAGUCGUCGACGGAGGAGCAGGUCACGGUCUAGAUCUCAUUCAAGGUCCAGAGGAAGAAGGUAUUCUCGGUCACGCAGCCGAAGCCGUGGUAGGAGGUCCAGGUCAGCUUCCCUUCGCAGAUCCAGAUCUGUCUCUCCUCGUAGAUCUAGGUCAGCCUCACCCCGCAGGUCCCGGUCGGGUUCUUUAAAAAGAUCAAGAUCUAGAUCCAGAUCACGAUCAAGAUCCAGGUCCGUUACAUGGCCAAGAAGCAGUUUUACAGGACACCUUAGGUCUAGAGCUGUGAUGAUGAACAAUAGGCAAACCUUCGGUCUGGGUCCCAUGGUAGAUCUAAAUCUGGCUCACCUGCUAAAAGCCGAUCAAAGUCCAGAUCCCCCUCUCCAAAGAGAAGUCGUUCACCGUCAGGAAGCCCUCGAAGAAGGAGUGCAAGUCCUGUAAGAAUGGACUGAAAUUUCAAAGUUAACCUUCUGGGAAGAACGUUAUUUUGUUUACAUUAUUAUAAGGGAUUUUGUGGUGUCUUUGAUGUAAAUGGUAAGGGCUUAGUUCUAGAAGGGUAUUUCAAUCUGAUUAUUGGCAUGGAUCUUGAUCUUUUAAAUUCUGCAAAGUCACAUCAGUAGACUAGUGCACAACUUGUUUUGUUGUAUGUAUUAACAUCCUGUGAUCUGAAAAUGUGGGGCUCUUUUAUUGACAAGUUUUUUUAUUGAGGCAUUGAAAUAAAAUGUGUAUUUCUAACUAAAA